AUGGACGUGAUGGCCGCCUCCUCCUCCACCGACAACAGCGAGCUCUUGCCGGCGUCGCGCGAGACGACGCAGGCCGCCGCUGGUGCCCGCGUCGUCAAGUGCGAGGGCGUGGUGUUCACGGUGACGGAGGGUAACGACGUGGCCCAGGCGGCGCGGGGCGGCGCGGCGGCGGCGCGCGUGCUGGGCAGCGAGAGCUUCUUCGACGCGGCCACGUGCACGAGGCGCCACUUCGUGGACGUGCAGGGGAAGGCCGAGGCGAUGCUGUUCUUAGUGUCUGUGCGCGAGGACCAGCGCUGCAUCGUCGACGUCCAGAGGUUUUCUUAG